AUGGCGCAAUCCGAGGCUAGAAAGACCCCCAAACAGUUUAUACUCUGCUUUGAUGGCACGGGGAACAAAUUCCAAGGCAAUGAAUCGGACAGCAACGUGUUAAAGAUCUUUCGGAUGCUGGACCGAAGCGAUUGCAAGCAGUUCCAUUACUACCAACCCGGCAUUGGGACCUAUGUGAGCUCGCAGUCGCUCUCGAGCAAGGGCCGGCUGGAGAAGAUAAAAUCGGCCUAUCUCAAAGUCAAAGAUGCCGCCGUUGGUUCGACUUUUGCCGACCAUGUCAUGGGCGGCUACAAGUUUCUUAUGCGAUAUUACUCUGCGGGAGAUGAGUUGUACUUUUUUGGCUUCAGCCGAGGCGCCUACGUCGCACGCUUUCUGGCUGAGAUGCUAGACUCUGUGGGCCUAGUGGAAAUGGGGAAUGAGGAGCUGGUGCGAUUUGCGUGGAAGACAUUCGCCAAGUGGCAGCAACGGCGCAGCGACUCUAAAUGGUACGAGAAGGAGAAAGAGAAUCACUUCAAAUACAUGACGGCCUUCCGGGAAACCUUCAGCCGGCCGGUGACGCAGAUUGAGUUCCUGGGUCUGUUUGACACCGUGAACAGCAUCCCCCGAUUUGAAAACCCGUGGUUGCAACGCAGCAAAUUCCCAUAUACGGCCAAGACAUCAGCGAGGGUCUUCCGGCACGCAGUGGGCAUCGACGAGCGUCGGGCCAAGUUCCGCCAGGAUCUGAUCUCCGAGGUCAAACCUAGAGGGCCGUCCCGACACGCGCGACUCCGGCAGCAUCUCCAGCGACAUGGGCUCCACACACGUCACCAUAGCUGGCCUAAUGCUCAUACAAAAGACAUUCAAGCCCCAGACGGAGCACCAGGGAACACUGCGCAGCAGAAACCGGGUCCGGAAUAUUCGACUUACCGGCCAACCCACGCGGCUCAACGUCGGGGGCUGGCUAAUGACCCUAGUCACCCACGCGAGCGACGACAAUAUCGUGCCAGGCCACAUCAUGAGCCAGGUGACUCCGCUGGUCCAACAGCUUCAGCAGUAACCGAAAGUGAAUCAUGUCCCUCCGAGGCCACAUCCACUCAUUCUGGUGGCGACAACGACCCCGGUUCCGAUGAAGAUGACCGAGAUUCGCCACAGGACAUUGAGGAGGUUUGGUUUCCCGGGGCGCACGCUGACAUCGGCGGGGGUUGGAUGCUCGACGACAGCGAGGAAUGGGCAUUAAGCCACGCUCCACUAGUCUGGAUGGUGCAGGAAGCCCAACGUGCGGGGCUUCGGUUCAAGCGGGCGAAGCUAAAACAAUUCCACUGCUGGGAUGGAUCUCUAGAAGCUAGGAGGCUAGCUAGUGGCAUGUCCAGCGGAGAGGAGCAAGAUACCAGCGAUACAACAGAAAGGAAUGCCCAAAAGCGCGAGUUCGUGGCUGAUCCGCAGUUUCAAGAGGCCUUGCGGCUCUCAAGCACUGGUGGACAGCUUCACGACUGCCUGAAGGUUGGUAACGGUCUACCAUUGAGCUCGGUCCUAUCCUGGAAAUUUAUGGAGUGGAUGCCGUUCCGGCGAAUGGACCUACGGUCCGAUGGGACCUGGAAACCUAUUAGGUGGCCGCUGCCGCGGGGGAAACGCGCGACAUCCCCCCUGAUGCACAGGUCCAUGUAUCAGCCAUUCGACGGCUGCAAGCCAAUCCUGACUAUCGUCCAGGGAAUCUGA